UUGUGUUUGGCUGGCCGGCGGCAGACAGCAAUAAAUUCAUUAAGAGGAUGCUGACGGACGGGCGCACCGCCGACGCGUACAUGCUGGCUCCCAUUGUGUUGCAGGAGGCUCUUCUGGACUACUGGCGUGCUGCCGUGGCUGAUGGUGUCAAGUUUGUGUCCGGGCAGGUGAUCGCGACGGGGACGAACCCGCUGGCGAAGGACACAAGGCACGACGCCAUCCGUCGCUUCCAGGGGGCGAUGCGGGAUUACCUGAAGAACAGUGGGCAGAGAGUCUACAACGACGCUGAUCAGUUCCGCACGCAUGACGGUGACGGGGAGUUCAUGGUGGAUGGGUGGAUUGCCGGCGAGGUGCUGGCGCGGGCGCUGAGGGACUGUAAAGGGGUGAGGGACCGCAAGUCGUUCAUGGCGUCUAUCUUCAACCAACGCCGGUAUGUAAUCGACGACCUUGUGAUUGGCGACUUCGGUGGUGAGUUUCUCUUGCUUUGGGAGGCCUGUGGAGGAAUGUAUGCGUUUCGGUUCUCUUGUCUUGGGGCGCUUUAUGUAAUUAUAUCUUGUGGGCUUCAGUUGUUUGUUCUGUUUUCUCUUACGCUUUUAGUUUUGUUGGUAUUUACUGGCAGCUUAUCUGCGGUUAAGGUGGUUUUUUUUUGCUGCAGUGCUACUGUUUGCAUGCGUUGA